AUGAGACGCUCUCAUCGCAAAUCUCGUAAUGGAUGCUCUCAGUGCAAGACUCGCCACAUCAAGUGCAAUGAGGUUAAACCACAAUGCGCCAAUUGCCAACGUCUGGACAUCCCCUGCAGUUUUGCUCCCCAAGCAGCCUCCCAACCCGCCAGUCCACGUCAGAGCCUUGUCUCGCAUCUAUCAACUCCUCUCGGCACUCCGCCAAUCAUUCAACCCUCGACUCAGCCGCUAUGUCUUCUAGACUUGGAGCUGUAUCAUCACUUCAUCUACCACUACAGUGCUUCUUUGGUUCCAGAUCCCCAACUUCGAGCUGACGUCUUUGAGAAAGUCUUAGAGCAAGCCCUUUUCUAUGAAUUCCUCAUGCACAACUUUAUGGCCAUUUCAGCUUUGCACCUCUACUCACAGGAUCGAACUAGGUCUGAACUAUUUGACAGAGCUUGCUAUCUUCAAGGCGUUGCCAUUCAAAAAGUUCAGCCCGUCAUCGCGAACUUGCGUCAGGAGGAUGCUCUAGCCGCUAUGAUGUUCUCAAGCCACACCAGUGCGUUUGGUCUGGCUGAGUACAUGCUCAAUCCUCACCAUGAUGACACAGAUCCUAUUGACAAGAUCGUUGAGUGCUUUCAACUGAGCCGAGGCGUUAAGCUUGUUGUUUCGCCAUAUUGGCCUUACCUGACUCAGACUUGGCUCAACAAGCUCUUUAUGAAAGAGUCAAGUAAACAGGAUCGAAUUCGUACCACACUUGCCUCAGAAUUUCCCACCUACUCAAUGGUUCGGUCUCUAGCCUUCGGUCAAGACGACGCAAAUCGACGUAGGUGUUGUCUGGAGACGACCGAAGACAUCUUUACAUUCAUUGGCACUUCAUCACAACACUUAGACGAUUAUCCAACGUCUGCGCAUCUCAUCGAUCAGUGGGCUGUGGGACUACCCACAGUUUUCAAAGACAUGUUGAUUGAGCGACGACCUAUUGCUCUCAUUAUCCUAGCAUACUGGGCUGUUCUGACGAGCAUGAACCCACGGCCAUGGCACCUUAGAGGUCUGGCCGAAGUCAUCAUUGCACGAAUCGAUAUCAUCCUUGGUGACGAAUGGACAGAGUUUCUUCGCUGGCCCAAAGAAAGAGUCAUGGAGAAUGCACAGCGGAUGCCAGAAAGGUCGACUCGGUCACCACAUUUCGACAAUCGGAACGUUGACAAUCAAUUGGAUGGCAUGCAUCUCUCACAUGACCCGUCACUCAAUCAGACCAGCAGUGAUUCUCGAACUCUGCAGCCAUCGCCGCACAGUCUUGUGAGCAACCAGGCUAGCUCAUACACAAGCAACCAUCCCAGUCCGUAUGCUCCAGCCAGCGAUCAACCGAGUCCAUACAACACAGGCAGUAAUGUCCACAGCCCUUACAGCCAAGGCCCAUCGAAAGACUAA